CUAACUAAAUGUCAGACUUAAUUUCCAUAAAUUGUUUACGUAAGGAAAUACUGGUUGAUGGUGGAAUGUUCAAGGCCAUGAUUGUGGCAGUUCACAGUUUAGGAGUUCUUCGAAAAUAAGGUUAAAGUUGGGAGUUCACUUGCAAUUAACUUGACAAAGGAAUAAAAAAAAAGAAGAGGAAAUUGAGGAUUUAAUCAAGAGGCAGCUGAACUGCUGAACCAUCAAAACGCAACUAUAAAAAGGGGAACAAUAAUGGCAGAACAAGUAACCACAAGAUCCCAUAUACAAAGUACAAACAGCAACUCUCUUCUCAACCCUCUCAAACUCCAUUGAAAAAUGGCGGAUUUGUAUCGGAAACUGGCGAAGGAAUACUCCUCCGCCCGGCCAACUUACCCGGAAGAGAUGAUUCAGUUCAUUGCAUCCAAGACGCCGGCUCACGACCUUGCCUGGGACGCUGGCACCGGAACCGGCCAGGCUGCUCAAUCAUUGGCUGGCAUAUACAAGAAUGUGAUUGCCUCAGACAAGAGCCCGAAGCUGCUUGAAUUUGCAGUCAAGCUUCCAAACGUAAGAUACUACUGUAACCCUCUUGAGAUGUCCAUUGCUGAUGUUGAACAGAACAUUGCAGCAGAAUCAAGUGUUGAUCUCGUAACAAUUGCCACAGCUCUGCAUUGGUUUGAUCUUCCCAGUUUCUAUCAACAUGUCAAGCGGGUAUUGAAAAAACCCAACGGUGUGAUUGCGGCUUGGACUUACACCAAAGCCGAGAUCCAUUCUAGUGCAACUGUCAACGCGCUGCUCCAAAAAAUUUACCUUGAUUUAGAUCCGUACUUUGAAUCAGAGGCCAGAUUGGUACUAAAUGAUCGGUACCGGACCAUUGAUUUCCCAUUCCAGCCCGUGGAUGGACUUGAGGAUACCGGACCGGUGGAAUUUAAGAUGGAAAAAGCGAUGGGUUUGGAUGAGUUUUUCACAUUUGUGAAGUCGUGGUCAGGAUACCAAACUGCAAAAGAUAAGGGGGUGGAAAUCUUGUCUGAUGAUGUGGUUCAAGAGUUCAAACAUGCUUGGAGUGAAGAUGGCAAGGAGCUGCUUACUUUUCCUAUUAAUUUGAGGAUUGGAAAAGUUGGGAGCUGAUCAGUUUGAAGCCUUUAUCUUCAUCAAGUUUUAGCUCAAGAAACAAUUCAUUUGGGGCAGCUGAUUGGGUUCUUCAAAACCAUAUCCAGUUUCAUUGUGCCCACCGAAUAAUUCUGUUGGAAUACAUUGUAUGUUCAAAGGUUCUGAUUUCUCUGUGUUAUGCAUUGUCCAAAUAAUCCUGCCAACCAUAUCUUUGUACCCAAACUCUAAUUUAUCUCAUGAGAGAAUUCAUAAUACAACCUUAUGAAGGUUUUAGCUCUUAUAUUAGUUAUCAAAAAUUGUUCAAAUCCCUUCAAUGGUAUGAUGUUUUGCUUCGUCAGAUUUUCCAUUACAAUCAACAUCACCUUGCGCAACCUUUGAUAUG